CAGCGUUUCCAUAUACCCAGGGCAUUGGCCCUCAACAAUACGUGCUAUUCUAUACUCCAUCAAUUAGUCGCUAAUUGACUUUAUACCUCACCACAAUGCCUCCCCGGAUACAAUCGCAGCGUGUCUCCAACUCUCUCCUUCCCUACCUCACCUCUUCACCCGCGUCCUCUUCAAGAAUUUCACUCUCAUCACCAUCAUGUUCAUCUCAGUUAUCUUCUUCCCUAAAUUCCGUCCGCCCGUUCUCUUCUACACAGACAACGCAGACGCAAUUGCGAACGGAAAUGUUCGCAUGGCUCAACGGUGAAGGUGCUGCCUACAAAAAUCAUACUCCAGGGCAAACCAACUACAUCACUGAUGUAAAGACGCGCAAGACGGAUCCAGACGCUAGGCCCACAAAUCGGCCAUUUCCCUUGAACCAGGCCUUCGUCAGUGAGAGCAUCCUGAGUGAGGAGUUGCGAAACGAGAUCUACGAGCAGGUUGUGGUAAAGAAGAAGAGCGUUCGGGCUGUCAGUUACGAUAUGGGAGUGGAUAUGCGGAGAGUCGCCGCUGUGUGUCGGUUAGUUGCAAUGGAAAAGAGAAUGCGGCAACAGGGGAAACCACUGGCUCUGCCGUAUGCUCGCACGAUCCAUGAGAUGGUUCCAACGACUCCCUUGUAUAAUGAUCCACGUCGGCAACGUGAGAACCCUCAUGAGUCGAUUAACGACCUCCCGGCCCAUCGCCUCACUGAUGCUCAAAUCUUCUACCCUGUCUCGGAGUCGCGCCACUUCACUCGUAUUGAUGCUGGUCGCGUAUUCUCUGCCGCUCCAGCCCGUAAACACGAAGUAGUUGAGCAGGAGCUUGCGGACCCCUCAAAGGCCAUGCACCGCAUCACACGAAAUCCAUCUCUGAUUGAAACUGUCGGCAAGGGCGACAAGGAGGAACCCGUCCUGCAGCCGGCCGACGUUCGAAUCCCGCAUCCCUCUCUCAUCUCUUUUGAGCGCGACCGCCUAGCCAACCCGAACGAGAUCUCCACCGUACUAAAGGUCCACAGUGCGCGUCUCAAGGAGGAGGAGACUGCUGAGGAGGAGCGCAAGCGUCGCGCCGAGGAGCGUCGCGAGAGCCGGACGCAGCAUGUCAAACCUGAGUCAUCCCGCUUCGAGUUCCGCAUCAAGGACGUUGUCGUUAGCAAAGAGACUACUGGUAUUGAUGGUCGUGGCGCUAAGGCUCCUGGUCGGAGAUACGGUGUGCCUAGCGAUGACCGGAAGAAGGGCCAGGUUAAGAUUCCCACUCGAGUGGAGGUUUAACAUGGCAAACCCUAUGCCGUAUGUGAUGAGUGUACUAUUAUGCUUGUAUCUUAACUUCUAUACUUGUACAAAUAUUGCUAGGAU